AUGACGCGGGCUGCAAAGAAACCGAAGCUGCAAGUUGAGCGUUUCAUUCAGCCAAGCUCCACACCCAUGCCAGCAGUUAAGUUGAUACGGGAAUACGCACUUACUAAUGGACGCACUACUCUACAAACAGGGCAUGUUUCACUUGGCGGGGCCACACUUGAUAGUGAACCAGAUGAUUCACUAUACGAACCUCACGUCAUCCAGGAUUGGCCGGACUACAAUGAUUGGGACGAAGUCUCUCCGUUUUGUGAUCCUCCGAUCAUCACGGGCGACGCUCUGCAGGAUAAGCGCAAAGAAUAUGCUGCAGACAAUCCGCUUCUUGUUUGGCUAUUCGACCGCCAAUUUUUCCUUGACGAGACCAUAUUUCUGGAGGGUCGUGGUCACGAAGGCCAGCGCAUAGUCUGCCGCUGUGGCAGUGAAAUUGAAGAACCCAAGUACCGAUGCAGGGACUGUUUCGGCAUGGAAAUGUACUGUCGACAUUGCACUGUUGAGCACCAUCAAUCCAGUCCACUGCAUGUUAUUGAAGAGUGGAACGGCACUUUUUUCCAGCGCGCACACCUCAAGUCCCUUGGUUUACGUGUGCAACUGGGACAUCCUCCCAGUGACCACUGCUACAAUCCACGUCCCUCAACAGGCAAUGACUUCACCGUUGUUGACAUCAAUGGGAUCCAUGAUGUCGCGCUAGAUUUUUGUGGCUGUCACACCGCCCAACUGCGCUACAAGCAACUAUUACGAGUUCGAUGGUAUCCGGCAACAACGACGGAUCCGCAAACAGCUGCAACAUUCAACGUACUUGAGCACUAUCAGCUGCUGUCAUUCGAGUCGAAGAUUUCGGCCUACGAAUUUUAUCACAGCCUAGCCAGGCGCUCCGACAAUACUGGAUUGUCGCCCAUCAAGGACCGUUAUUCAGCGUUCAUGAGGAUAGUACAUGAAUGGCGUCACCUUCGACAACUCAGGCGUAGUGGCCGAGGUCACGACCCUGGUGGCGUCGCAGAAACAAAAGCUGGCGAACUUGCGGUAGUUUGUCCAGCAUGCCCCCAUGCAGGCAAGAAUUUACCACAAGGUUGGGAGAAUUCACCUCCAGCAACGAGAUGGUUGUACGCACUCUUCGUCGCUAUAGAUGCAAAUUUCCGUCUCAAGCGGAAGGCUGUCUCCUCUGACCGAGUGGAUCCUGGUUUAAAUACAGGAUGGGCCUAUUUUGUGGAGGAGCGUGCAUACAAGAGCUACCUAUCUGAGCGAGCCAAUGAACGACAAGAGCGCAGUACCUGUGUUAGUCAUAACGCAGUUAAUAUGGCUGACACGAAAUCUUCGCGAGGCUUGGCAGCUACUGGUAUAGGUACCAUCGACUGCGCUCGACACGAAUUCAAAUUGCCAAACGGGGUAGGCGAUCUACAGAAAGGCGAAAGGUAUUUAAAUAUGGAUUAUAUCGUUUUUUCGGCCCUUGUCGGAUUCACAGUGACCGUGCUAAAUAUCUCCUACGAUAUAGCUUGUCAAUGGUCAAAAAACCUAUGGAACAGAAUGGAACACAUGCCGGCUCGGCUCCAUAUACCUCGUGACGAUGUGCUGGUUCGAUAUUUCGUACCGAAGUUUCAUAUCGCGGCCCAUAUCGCAGCCUGUCAGCUCACAUUCUCCUGGAACUUUACCAAGUGGGUAGGUAGGACUGAUGGUGAAGCACCAGAACGAGGUUGGGCAAAUGCCAACCGUGUCGCAUCUAGCACAAAGGAAAUGGGGCCAGGAACUCGACGUGACACCUUAGACGAUCACUUCGGUGAUUGGAAUUGGAAAAAGACGACAACACUUGACUCUCAAGGCCGUACGUUGAAGCGCAAGAUGGAAAACGCCAUAAAGUGGGAACGGGAACAUCGUGUCGCCUUGUACGAUUUGGAAGGAACAAUUCAGCCUGUGCUGCUGGACGAGUGGGGAACAGAAGUCGAGAUGUGGGAGGAGGACAACACUCGCCCAAAUCCGUUCGAAAGCAAGCUUGCUCCUAUUACGCAGGCCGCGGUAAGGUCACAGCUCGCAGAAUUGGAAGCACAAGAGCUGCGGGAAGGGAUCAACCACUCUCUCGACGACAAUGUCUCACCUAGCGUCCUCAUUAGUGGUGGGAUUGAAUUAGAAGACUUGCAACAACGGCUCAAACGCGACAUUUCAGACCUCUCGCUUCAUCCCACAGACAAUCAAAGAGAGGCCAUCAUUCAUAGAACUAAUGCACUACAGAGACGCAUCGAUUCCUGGACCCGCUAUCAACAACUCUAUAUGCCUAUUGUCUCCACGCUGCGCUCAUCAACGAAUCCAAGUCCAGGUGCCCCCCAAACACUUAAGCCGCAGGAUUUUCCACUCUAUCUACCAUCAGCUCUCAAUCAUCUCGACUGCAAUCACCGUUUAAUGAAGCACGAAUGGAAACUUCGGCAGGCACAAGCUCACGAUGCCCUCAACGAGCUCCGCUCCCACCUUCGUUUAUGUUCGCACAUUUACAAAUUCAAAGACAAGAACUUACGGGGCCAAGCAGCUUCUACCCGUGCACAAAAUCUGAUUGCACGCGUCGAAGCAAAGAAAGAUGCGGCGGUAGCGAGAUACAGGUGCGCUCGUCAAGCGAUAGAAUCACUAAGCUGUCGGUUGGAUGAGAUGGGCUGGGAGGCAACACUUCGACCCCUCAGACACGAGGACAUUCGGCCUAUGGGCGAUUUCACAGGUGAUCGCACUCAAGGCACCGGGACAAUCUCGUGGAUCUGGCUGACGACAGAUGUCGACACCAGUCCAUCCGAGAAUGAAAGUGUUCAAGAUUGUGUUCGUAUCGAAUGGUGCAAGGCACGCGCACGCGCAGCUCGAUGGUCCGAGGAAGUAGAGUUGCUGGCCGAAGAAAUGAGACGAGUACUUGCCUUUCUGGAAUGGCAAGGCUCCUGGUGGCAUCAGCGCACAACGCUGCGCUCAUCGGAGAAGACUACCGAGCAAGAGGGCUUGCAGGCAUAUGCCUACCGUCAAGCCGCACUCCGUUCUGCGAUGCGGACCUCAUUCCAAGCUCGUUGGAGCUUUGUUUCUCAUCUCAGUUCUACGAGUUCUACGUCGGCUUCUGAGGAUGACAGCGGUCCUUCAAUUGACGCACCUCCUGCGGUCAUGGAGUUUUGA